AUGGAGUCCACCAACAACAGAGCCGGCAAUGUUGCUCCUUUGGCAUCUCGCAAGAGAAACAACACAUGUCAGGAGAGUGUUUCUCAGUCUCCAGCUCCCCAUAUUAACCGUCAUUCGGACUUCAACGAGCAGUCACUACCACCUGAAGAUCUCUUUGAGAGAUUAUUCAAAUCACAGUAUGAACAAAUCAGAGAAACUUGCAACCGGUACUUGAGUACCAAAUACAAUGAUAUAUUGAGGCAUGCAGAAGAGCGAGCCUCCAUAAUACAUAAAGAGAAAGAGAUGAGUAUGAUUUCUUCUUUCCAAGAAAGGCUGGCAUCUCUAAAUGAGGUCAUAAACAACAAGAACACAGAACUGGACAACUGUAAAAGGAAAAAUAUCGAACUAGAAGAGCAGGUAGCACAUUACAAAUUUCAGGCCGAAAUUUGGAAAGCAAAGGCUGAGAGGGCUGAGGAGAUGUUGUGGAACGUCACCUAUGAACAAAUCAGAGAAACUUGCAACCGGUACUUGAGUACCAAAUACAAUGAUAUACUGAGGCAUGUAGAAGAGCGAGCCUCCAUAAUACAUAAAGAGAAAGAGAUGAGUAUGAUUUCUUCUUUCCAAGAAAAGCUGGCAUCUCUAAAUGAGGUCAUAAACGACAAGAACACAGAAUUGGACAACAGUAAAAGGAAAAAUAUUGAACUAAAAGAGCAGGUAGCGCAUUACAAAUCUCAGGCCGAAAUUUGGAAAGCAAAGGCGGAGAGGGCAGAGGAGAUGUUGUGGAACGUCACGUUGAGUCCGCGACGCCACGGCCAAUGCUGCUGUGGAGACAAGGAGGAUACAGCUCAGUCCUCGUUUGGGGAGACUAGCUAG